AUAGCCUAGAGAUGGCGCGGUAUCUUAUUUAUACGAAAUUCAAACGGCAGGACAUCGACACCCAAGUUGCUAAAUUGAAAAGACAAAGUUUAUUAUUUCGCAUAUUUACUAAAUAAAUAUUUGUUGUUAAUUAAUUUUCCUUAACAAAUAUUUAGUUCAUUUUUAGGUCAUGGUUACUUUGUCGGAACGUUCCACAGAACAUUUUUUGGUACAUCACCCCAGGAACCCCCAUUUCCCGAUGUUAGAAGAGUUAAAAAACACCCUGUAUACGGGAGAACACGGUCGCGAAGUGCCGAUCAUCGCGAGAGUCUAUUACAGAUGGUAUCGGUAGCGUUCCGCGGAGAAAGUUGAUUGGCUCGAGGCGGUAAUUGCGCGAGUGGUGGGGGAAGGGGUGCGAAGUAGCGUAGCUACGCACGUAGGCGAGCAGCGUCAGUCGGUAACCGUAGCUCGUAGCGCGUCGAUCUGUCGGUCGGAACGAGUCGAAGGGGGGCAAGUGCGCGCGCGUUGCCUGAUUCGCGAGCUUUGUAAGCUCUAACACACCGCGUUCUUUCUAUGCCGUGUUGUGUACACACGUCUUCUCGCUCGUCGAGGGAACACGCGUCUCGAAGUGCGAUUGAUAAAUAUAAUGCGGUGAAGGUAAAACGUGUCCUGGGCGCGGCGACUCCGGCUGAAGGAAGGAAGGAAGAAAAGCUACCAAGGUGGCCGGCAUGUGCACGCAGCCCUGUCGCGGCACCGCUGCUGCUGUCAUUCUGACAAUGUUCCUUUGCCGGAUUUGUUCCGCCGAGGAGCAGCCGGGAUCCUUGAACGGACCGGUCGUCCUGGAAACCUGUAACGUCACUGCCGAUGGACGAGAGGUCACCUGUCGCGGUGCUGGCUUCCUGUCCAUCCUGGAUGUCACCGUACUCCCAUCCAGUGUCAACCUUACAAGACUAGAUCUAACAAACAACAACAUAACAGACAUUCCAGUCCGUGCCUUCCAUCGAGUUCCCAAUCUUGAGGUGUUGUUACUUCGACGAAAUCGUUUACACACGAUCGCCGACGGUGCAUUCAUAAACUUAACGAGCCUUCGAGUAUUGGAGCUCGAUGACAAUUAUUUAACAAAAAUUCCGACCGCGAUCGUUAAGCUCUCUGGCCUUGAAGACCUGUCGCUGUCGAACAACCGAAUAGAAACGUUGGAGGAGCACGUUUUUCAACGUAUCGCUAAUCUACGUUCCCUCGAUCUACGUGGUAAUCCGAUCAAACAGAUACACGGGAGUACUUUUCAAAAUCUACGGAAACUUCGUAAACUAAUUCUGUCUAAUCUGAAAGAAUUACGAAUAUUUCCAAAUUUAAAUGGGACACGAUCAUUGGAAGUAUUAAGAUUAGACCGUGCGCAAGUGAGCGAAGUUCCGAGAGACUUGUGCGAAGAAUGCCCAAAAUUGAAAAGUCUCGAUAUAAAAUCAAAUUACCUGACGGAGUUGCCGAAUUUACGGAAUUGUAGCGAAUUGAGGGUUCUGGACUUUGCCAGUAACAUGAUUUCAUCGUUGUUAGACGAGCCUUUCAGAGGUCUGAACAUGCUGCACGACCUGCUUCUCUCGAAUAACAAGUUACAAGUGAUCCCAAGCGACGCGUUCACCGGCUUGUCGAGGUUGCAGGUAUUGGACCUGGAAAACAAUUACAUCGAAUACAUUCAUCCUGACGCGUUUAAGGAAACUAAAAAUUUAGAAGACUUAAAUCUUGGGAACAACAUAUUUCCAGCACUGCCAACGCUAGGAUUAUCGGGUCUAUUGCAUCUUAAAACAUUCAAUAAUCCUGCAUUAAGGGAAUUUCCAUCACCGGAGAGAUUUCCACGUGUACAAACAAUGAUACUGUCGUACGCUUAUCACUGUUGCUCGUUUCUGUCCAUCGAAGUUGAGGAACCGGUAACAAAAUCGUCUGUACAAGAGUCUAUCUUGUUCCCUACUGACAACGAGUUUGAUAUGAGCCUAUGGAACUCGAGCUUUACCGAUAUCUGGCCACAGCUCAAUUUUACGUACCCUGGUAACCUGCCCUCGUAUGUUGAGGAUUAUUUUGAAGAGCAGAACAACCGAGCUACGCUGCCAGCUCAGACACUGCCCUCGCACGUACAGUGCCUACCUCAACCUGGUCCCUUCUUGCCGUGCCAAGAUCUCUUCGACUGGUGGACGCUACGCUGUGGUGUAUGGGUAGUUUUUCUGUUAGCCAUGCUGGGCAAUGGAACGGUGGUAUUUGUAUUAAUAUUCUCCAGAAGCAAAAUGGACGUUCCUAGAUUCCUAGUUUGUAAUUUGGCUGCGGCAGAUUUUUUCAUGGGCAUUUAUUUAGGUCUACUGGCAGUGGUGGAUGCAUCGACGUUAGGAGAAUUCAGAAAAUACGCCAUCCCCUGGCAAACCUCGGCCGGGUGUCAGUUAGCCGGAUUCCUAGGUGUGCUAAGCUCUGAGUUGAGCGUGUACACGUUAGCGGUGAUCACGUUAGAGAGAAACUACGCCAUAACUCAUGCGAUGCAUUUGAACAAAAGACUGUCCUUAAAACACGCUGGCUACAUAAUGACAGCGGGCUGGUGUUUCGCCGUGUCGAUGGCCAGUUUGCCACUAGUCGGUAUUUCGGAUUACAGAAAGUUCGCUAUAUGUUUGCCGUUCGAGACAAACGGUAACGCCGCGCUCGCAUACGUGAUCUUUUUGAUGUUGAUCAACGGCGUCGCGUUCUUGAUACUGAUGGGAUGUUACUUGAAGAUGUACUGCGCGAUCAGAGGUUCCCAAGCGUGGAACUCUAACGAUUCUAGGAUAGCCAAGCGAAUGGCGCUGUUGGUGUUCACAGACUUCCUCUGUUGGUCCCCGAUAGCGUUCUUCUCUCUGACAGCCACCUUUGGAUUGCAGUUGGUCUCUUUAGAACAGGCCAAGGUAUUCGCGGUGUUCGUGUUACCGUUAAACUCUUGCUGCAAUCCGUUUCUCUACGCCAUACUGACGAAGCAGUUCAAAAAGGACUGCGUGUUGAUAUGCAAAGCGAUCGAGGAGUCCCGAGUGACCCGUGGGAUAGGCAGGUGUCGGCACAGCUCGAACUUUAGCAAUAGACAGACACCUGUUAACACGAACAGUCUAGUAGAUCGGUCCUCCCGCGAUAAUCAAAUGCCUUGCGCUUGUAACUCGAGGCUACUCGAGACAAGUCAGUGUUCCGGUUACCGAAGAUGGGGUACCAGGAUACUGUGGCCUUGCGCCAAGGACACGAGGCCUCGCCAUGCUCGUAGCGACCAGUACGCUUAUCAGAUCGCAGAGAUCCAACAGAAGCAACACAAACGAGCCUCGUCGGUAUCCUCCAGCGAGAACUUUUCCUCCUCGAGAUCGGACUCCUGGAGGCAGACGCAUCAUUGCGGUAUUCCGUUGAGGUUGCUCGAUCCAAAGAGGAGAGCCUCCUCCUGGUUGAUCACUAGGAAACCAUCGCAAGACUCGAAUCUCAGCUCGUCGAGGAACGACUCGUCCGGGUCUGCUACAACUGCCAGCACCAGCACCUGGAGGAUCUCAAGAUCCAGCGCGUCUCUAGAGGUGACCGCGAGGAACACGCCGAGACCGGCAAGGUCGAAGCCAAGACUGACCCGACAGCUGGCUAUCCAGGAACCUGAACCGCCAGGAUCUCCUAGCAGACUGGCUGUCAGGUUACUAGCGACCAUACCGUCCGCGGCUGAGACCAGUGAUCAACAAGAUGACGACAAUACGCCGCAGAACUAGGACGAGCUCGAGUAUAAGGUAUCUCUGUUCUCCUAUGAGAUUAUAGUCAGUUCUAAUGGACUAAAUAUGGGUCUAGUUUGCUCCUGAACGGUUUCAGUAUUACAAGCGUCCUCUGAGAGGUGGAGCUGAGCGUGUGUGUCAGUCGCUGUUUUCUACAGAGCGAUUAUUAAUUGAAUGUUUGAGUUUUUAUUAUAGCCCAAACGAGGAUUAACGCGUUGAAUGCCGUGGAGAUCAUUGGUGAAUGGCGCGACAAAUUUAUUUUAAUUCAGUUAUUAAGAAUUGCUCUGUAUUGUUAAGCGACCUUUUACUGCUAAGAUAGGAGUCGAGGACAUCGUAGAAGAAAGAAGAGAAGAAUCAAAGGACGAUUUAGCAAAAUUUCUUCUUUCAACGUUUUAUCAAGUUUCUUUCAAACCUGUUAAACGUUGAAAGAAGAAGAUUGAAACAACUUGUAUUCUCUUUGUACAAUUAUUACUUAUGCAACUGUGUUGGUAGACGUGAUCUACAUUUUAUCAACCGUCCGUGUUUACGCGUGCACACUAUUGUUGCAUACAAUAGUCAUAUUCGUUAGAUACUGCCAAGUUUUUCAGACACACAGCCUUUGACGUGUUCACUGUCCGAUUCAACUCUUUGAGGUAAUGAACGCGUUAAUUAUAUAGCGUUAAUUGAGUCUGAGGUUUAUUUAAUAGAAAUUUCAUCGCAGGAACUCGUCAAUUUCUUUCGAGAGAAUUUUACCUUAAGAAAAUGUUGAAUAUUGUAAGUUUAAUUCUGUGACAGGGAACUGGACGUUCUGUGCAUAGUUUUUGAUUAAAAUUAGAAGGAUAAAGUAUUUAUUAAUGAAUUAAAAGGACACACGGUAUAUUUUUUUUCCUUUUUUUUUGUAAGGAUUUCUUGGCUCAAUUCGAGGAAGUGUUUUAUUGUAAGGAUCAGUAUUUAAGAUGAGAAUCCAACUGAUUGUUAAUAGAUGUGUUUGCGUUGUUAUAAGACUGACGGUUUGUACAAUUUCUCCCCAUGAAUAUCUGAUGCCCAUUUCUAGUUAAAGAUUAUUAUGAAAUCGUUAUGGCGUAUAGAUGUUUAUACAGAGUUUUUGAUUAAUGAAAUUAGUGUCCGCUAGUAUUGGUUUAUUAGGCUGGUUUGUUGUUGAAUGUGUUGUUCGUUCUUCGUGCAGUUGUUGAUGCCCCUCCGAACAAGAUUUCCAGAUGUAAUACUUGUUCUUAUAAAAUCAAUUGUUUUCUGAAAUUCUAGAAGCUGGUAUAUCGUUAUUUGGCAUCACUGGCUGAAGAUAAAAAUGAACAAGAUUUACAUCUGGAAGUCUCGAAUGUAUGAACUGUUUGAAUCUGAAUUUUCGUUUGCUGCAUCCAUUUUAAGGAGAACAUGUUUUGCGUGUGUGUCCGAUCCGAACUAUUUAAUAACGUUUUUCUAAUAAAACAACGUAUUACGAGAGAACGGUGUUAAAAUUUUUCAACAAUCGAGAAUCAAUCCAGAGUCUCUCCCAGCUAUUGUGGAAUUUCUUUUAUUUUUGAAAAAUGUCUCUGUCGCAUUACAAGGAAGACCUUUCGCGCCACCGAGGUGACCAAUCGUAUAACAGUAUUAAUUAGGAAUAAUUUAAAUAUUUAUCUAAAAUAAAUUCAACUUUGAAUAAACCCUUGCUGUCGUCGCAAAAGUAUACCUAUACUACCAGCUGAAUUGUAUAUAACUCUAGAAUUAUUCUUGCUUUCUUUUUAUCUUUUUAUAUUGUAACAUCAAUUUUCGAAUUUUAUAUGCAUAAAAUUUGAGUGUCUUUUAUUGCUUGAUAAUUAUUAAAAGAGAAUUUUUACAAUCUCAUACCCUUAGCUGGUAGUAUACAUAAAUUAUAAGAUAACAUGUACCUUUUCUCAAACUGUGCAUUCUCUCUCCCAUUCUCAUUCUUUUAUUCCUACUUUCACUCUCUGUCUCUAAUAGCAAUUAGCGAAUUGGAUUCAGGUGGUCACUACGAGGUAAUACAACAUUAACAAGAUAUACAUAAUCUUAGAAACUGUCCCUUUAUAAGUAAACGUCACUCGUAAAUCAUAGAACGUAUUGCUCGUAGAUCCUAAGGAAUAACAACAAAUCUCGUGGUCUCUUUUUCAAUUAAGACACUGUAACAAAACUGACACAUUUUAUUCUCAUACAAUUAUCGUUUGAUGUUCGCUUUAUCUUACAAAACGUAGAUGGAUCAUUUCCUUGUUUCAAAACGGACAAGUCAUUUGAUAUUGCAACGACCGUGAAUAUUGAUAAGGCAUGAAUCUCGUGCUUGGACGGUAUGAUUCCUUAAUUUCCAUUUUUUUUUUUCUUUUUUUAUUGAAUUCCUAUUUCAAUUGGAUUUAACCAGAACGAUACACGAGGGUUGAACGAGGAUUUAUGGUUUACGCGAAGGGAGAAGUAUCGCGAGGAGGUUGAUAAAAUUCACCCUCAGCUUUAUUUCGUGAUAAGGGGACCUCCAUAAAAACGUCACAAGGUUUAUCGAUUCACAGUUAUCAAUUGAAGAGAAUGAAAGGCGAUUUUGGCAUCCCCAAUAAAAACUGGGGAAUUAACAAUAACUACGAGUCUGGGUCAUAAUUGACACGACUUCACCUCCUAAAUUUUAAAAAUCUUCAGAAUGCAAAUAACAAUUCGUAAUCGGUCAGUUUCGAUGAGUUAAUCAUUUUUGUUAAGCAUAUUUCGGUAAUUAGAGGAUCGUGUUAAUCCGGAAGACCUCGGUAGCUGUGACUUUAUAAAAUUUCCUUCGAAUUCUUAAAUGUAACAAUGUGCUUUCAAUUACCUACUAAUUGAGCCUAAAGUAUCAACUAUCGUUUCGCUUAUUUCCAUAGUACGUUUAUCGAACUUGGUCCAUUGAACUUCAGAUUCUUCCAUUAUUGCUCUUUUAUGGUACACCUAUUCUCAUAGUCAAUAUAAUACAUACUUUCUCGGGGAAAAGUCACCUAACACAGCUACAUAAUUCCCCAAUUUUUAGUUCUCAAUUCCAUCUAGAAAUAUGAUUUAGUAUCUUGAAGGAUAUUAAAAAUUUGGCAAAAACUGAUACCUAUUAAUUUUAAUAGGAUGAUUUAAGGAGAUUAUUCAACUAUUUUAGGAGUAAACAUGAUAAAUGCAAUAGAUGAUUUAACUCUUGAUAAAAUCAAUGAGAAGAAAUGGGAAGGACUAAAAAAAAAUCAAUAAAAAGGAUAGAAAUGAAGAGAUGGAAAAUAGAUCACCAAUUAUGAUGGGACAGAGAAUGCACAAGAGCAAAAAUGUUGAGGAUGUUCAUGGUGAUGGGGUGGAGAUAUGGGGUUAAUCAAGGGUGUUAGUUAUUAAAAAGCUUUCUAAACAGCCUCUCCGGAGUGACGCGAUUUGAAACGAACCCUUUCAUAAAAAAAUGAAUCUCGAGGUUCGUUCAAUCAAAGCCCUGAGAUACUAAAGUGUGUCAGUUUAUCAAUCAGGAGAGGAUCGAACGCUAACAAUAAAAGUAUCAAGUGGAAGAAAAAGAAGCCGGUGAAAGGAAUGCGGAAAGAAAUAAUCGCAAUGGUCAACGUAACGUCUGAACUCUACUCGUGGAACCAAGUGAGAAAUACACAGCAAAGUAAACGCAAGUUAAAAUAGCCAUUGGCGUAACUAAGAUAUUAUUCUAGCUUGAACCAGGUUCCCUAGUUCAACUAAAAGUGUCAAGCUCGCUUCAUCGUUUCAUCCACGAAAAAAAUAAACGUCGAAAUUGUCUGUACAACGAUCUUUACACGUCCGUGUAACAAGGUCGAUUAAAAUCCCGUUAAAACUUAUCACACUAUCCCUUACACGUGGAUAUACAUUUCAGAGAGUUCCAGCCUCACCGCAUUUAAGCUUCUAUGUAUACAUACAUGCAUACAUAUACAUAUUCUUAAAAAAAAAAAAAA